GGUGAAAUAAUUCGAUGCCUCUCCGAAGUACGUUUUGAACAUAAAGUACUCGGAACUGACGCCGACUUGACCGAGCCGUGCAAGCAUCAAUUGAAGGUCGCCUACCUACAACAAGAACAGGUAGAAUUUGAUGACAAGGAACACAUGGCGGAUGCUGAUCCCAAGUUUGCGGAGAAAUGCGCGCGUGAAAUUCGUCAAUUCAAAUGUGAUCAAGCAGAUUCAUUUGAAGAUACUGUGGAAUGUUUGAGGCUUAAUUACGAGAAUCUAGGUCCCGAAUGUAAAUCAAUGGUGUUUUAUCGGGAGAAAAUUGAAGCUGCUGAUAAUACUAUGGAUGACGAGCUUCAGAGGAAAUGUAAAUACGAUAUCGGAAAGUUCUGUCCUGGUCAGAACGGGGAGCAUGUAUUGGACUGCCUGACAAACACGAAGAUUGUGCGUUUAUUGCAGAAGGAAUGCAAGGCGGUUGUGCAGGAACGAAUGCGAGAGUCUGCACGAGAUAUUCGCCUGCGGCCAGGUUUACUUUUGGCAUGUAAGACAGAGGCUGAAACAUAUUGUAUGGAUGAACUCAAAAAGUUGAAGAUGCCGCAAUAUGCACAGAAGGUUCUGGAAGGUGCCGUUGUCGGAUGUCUACGGGAAAAAUAUCGUGAAUCAGCUCACAAUCGUAUAGAUCUUAGCGCACAGUGCCAAGCAGAGAUCACGAAAGCUAUAGUGGAGGCGGAGUUUGAUCCUCAGUUAGAUCCUCCGCUGUAUCACGCUUGUCAAGAUACUAUCAGGUUACAUUGUUCUGCAGCGAUAAUUCAGCAUAGCGGCGGCUUCGAUACAGUACUCGACUGCCUGAAAGCUGAUUUCCACAAGGGAGCUAUCUCAGAUCCCGACUGUAAUAAACAGACCUUUUCUCAGAUAGCACGUCGUGUUGAGGAAACGAUGAUCGACAUCCACCUCGAUCCGCCUCUUCUAGAAGCCUGCUCAAUGGAUAUGCAACGCCUUUGUCGUGACGUUGUGCCUGGACAUAGUCGGACACGUCGUGUUGAGGAAACGAUGAUCGACAUCCACCUCGAUCCGCCUCUUCUAGAAGCCUGCUCAAUGGAUAUGCAACGCCUUUGUCGUGACGUUGUGCCUGGACAUAGUCGGAUAAUUAUGUGUCUAAUGGAGGCAUCAGGAAGUACUAACGCUCAGAUGUCAUCUUCGUGUCGUAAUAUGCUUGCGGAUAGGAACAAAUUGUGGAUGAAAGCCCAUCAGGUUAUUCAAUUGUUUUUCUCAAGACAAUAUCAAAUGGCAUGGCCAGAGAGUUGGCACGAAGCCUACAGCAUGGUAGCGACUCAUCCUAAUAAGGUAUCGAUACUUGGAUGGUUAUCCGGCAUUGUUUUCUUCAUCUUGCUUGUUGGUUGCUGCUGUGGUCGAUUAUCGAAGCGAACACAUAUGGAAUUGAAGAACCGAUAA